AUAAAGAGGAAAUGUCGUGGGAUGACUGCAAUAUCAUCUUGAAUAGUACCAAUGGUGUUUUUUAUACGGGAGAUGUCGUGACAGGUGCCGUUGCUUUAGAAUUUAAAAAGAAACAGAAGAUAAAAGGUAUUACGUUUAAAGUUAUAGGAACAAGUCAGGCGAGUUGGACAAGAUCAUCACCCACGAUUCCAUACAUAAAAAUUUAUUCAGAAAAAUCUAAAAUUUUUUACGUAAAUAUUGACGUUUUUCGGGAAAUCAAUGGUAAAACAGUAGAACCAGGAGUUAUCAAUUUCCCGUUUCAUUUUGCUCUACCACCCGACCUUCCUUCCAGUUUUAAAGAUACAAUAGCAAAAAUAUUCUAUCGAGUUAUAAUUCAAACCAAAAUUGCAUUUAAAAUAAGCAAGAAAGCGAUUUAUCCAUUAUCAAUACUUUCUUCUUUAAAUCUCAAUCAGACUGGAAAUUACAGUUUACAAUCAUUUUUUGAAGUUAGUAAAACGUUUAAAAAGUUUGACGAAUUUUCAUUAAUUAUUCGAACGUACAAGGGUGUGGCUCUAAAACAAAGACUACCAUUCGAGGCAAUAAUCAACAAUGAUAGAAAAGUAAAGGUUUCAAAAAUUACAGUAACACUCAUACAGAAACUGGAAUACAACGUACCUUCAGGAUAUUAUAAUGUGGAGAAAAGAAUUACUAAAGUUGAACAUAAAGAACUAGCAAGUACGUUAAGAGAGACUUGUACUUUUUCUAUGGACAUACCGCAAAUCCAACCAUCAUCUAUAAACGUACCAAAUACAAUGGUAAAUAUAUCGUAUGUUAUAAAAGUCAAGGUAUGUUUUAGAUUCCAUUUGAGUAUAAGCAUGGACAUUCCACUUGUAAUUGGAACUACCCCAGUCAUUUAUUCAAAAUAA